AUGAAUUUCAUUACACUGAGAUUUAAAGAUUAAAUUCUUGAAAAAUAAUAUUAGGAACUCAAAACAAAAACUAUUAGAAAACCAAUCUAUUUUGGAAUCUAUUCAUUUUGCUUUUGUUUGAAUGCUUUUAAAAUUUUGAAGGAUUUAAUCUUGUAAGAAGAAUGGCAAUAACUUUAUAUAAAUUAUAUAUUUUUAGCAUUCAUGGUGCUCUCCAUAAUAUUGAUAGUCUAAAAUUAGAAUUUCGUGAAACAAGCUAUAGUAAUAUCAAAUCUAGUAUCUGGACUACUUCAAAUGAAUUUUAAUGAAUAAUAGACAACAAAAUAAGAAUAUUACUCUUUCGGAAGUAGUUUCGCUUAACUACAAGCAGCAUCUUAUUUCGUUUCAGAUUUUUUAGAUGGAAUAAUAUAAGUUGGUGGACAUUUGAUAAUGAAAAUCUUGAUUACAUCGUUUUCAACUCAUAAAAUUGAAGCUCUUUGUACUAGCUUUGCUAUUACUGGAUCUGUAUUUAUUCUAGUUACAAUUUAUAUUUGUGAUUGUAGUUCUAGAAAAUAAUUCUUAUCUACAGUAUGUGAAAAUAUAUGGGAUUAACAAUUACCACACCUCAUAAAAAAACCAUUUAUAAAACUAAGCUUCUAAGAUACAAUGAUUAAUAUUUUAUAAAGUCAUCUCAUUAAGCUAUUUCCCAGUUCAAUUAAUGAAAAAUGUGAUGGAUGUAAUGGGAGACAAUUUUUAAGAGAAUGUUAGAUUGAUAAGGUUUCAUUGUCAGAUUGCAUUUUAAAAUAAAGUGAUAUUUUAAAUAAAACAAUCAAAGCAAAUUAUAAAUGUCAUAGAUUUGAUCUUAGAGUAUGUAGAUAUGGAGUAGAGAAUAUGAAUUUACUUGUAAUUCUAGAGAAAAUUAUAACGACUACUCAAACUAAGAAAUUUCCACCCUAAGUUAGAGAAGAUAUAAGUAGAUAAAUGCGUAUAAAUAAUCAAGAGUAUAUACGUUUCUAUAAUUGGGGAUUACUUUCUCUUAUUCUUCUCAAUAAUCACGAAAUUAAAGAAAUUAAAUUAUUCCAAAUGAUUAAAAGACUCAACAAAUAUUAUCAUAAUUAUUUGUUACCAAUUUAACUCUUUACAAAAUCAAAAGAACUUCAUUUUAAUACAUAUGCCAAUUUAUUGAGGAUAUAUCUUAUUCAAAUAUACCACAUAUUAAUUGAGCUCUAUUCAAAAUCAUAUAGAACAAGAAUUUAAGUUAAAGAAUAUGAUGAUUACAUAGAAUUGCAUAUUUUGAUAAAUUCAAGUAUGUUUCAUACACUUUAUCAAAAUAAUAUUUUUAUUUAAAAUAUAGAGAGAUUUAUCUUAUAUGAACCUAUUUCUAAGGAUUUAAGAAUACAUCUAAGUAAGCAGUUAUCUUUUAAAUGA